AUGCCUUCACGCAGAACUCACACAGCCCACGCCGAAAGCAACGCGAGCGAUAUCUCAGGUUGGGCCUACCCUCGCUCGAUCCGCGCUCCCUCGGGUGCUCCCGGCACGCCACUCCCCCGCGACCACCAUCUAUGCCACGCCCAAAUCGUACGCAAACUAGAGAAAGCCAGGAAGGAGCAGGAGCGGGCGCAGCGUCACUCGGAGGGUCGCGAGCGGCGUCACAACGGAGGCUUCCCCGUCAUCCCGAGCUCAAGCUCGAGCACUCUGCUCGACCCUCGUGGCCGUGAGACUGCGAACGCACAUUCGGACGAUACGCUCGUGGCCGGCAUGAGCCAGCACUCGUUGAACUCGUCUCCAGCGUACCAACGCCUGUAUAGCCACGCAAGCGCGUCACGCUACGGAGAGUCUCAUCACCACUCGACACCGCGUUCAACUCUCACUUCUGAGACGUACGCGAGCUCUUUCAGCCUGACGCUUGUGCCCCAUCACCAAGCCAACGCACAAUUGCCGCUUCAUCAUGCAUCGUACCCGCACCUUUGGACACACUCAGGAUCGGGUACUGUGUCCUCACCACCAGGCAGAGCCAACUCUGCGAAUCAGGACUAUGGAUACACGCUCGAGUAUAUCAAUGGCCAGUGGUAUCCCGUACCGAGAACGAGCGCGUCGGUAUCGCGGUUACACAAGCGAUAG